CCAGGUGCAGGCUGGAUUUUCCCCUCCAGCACUUUUCAUUCCUUCUCUAGCCCUGAGAGCAGAGCUGCAGGGAGCAGCCUGUCCCCUCCCAGCAUGGCUUCACCCAUGAGGAGUUUGCUGGCUGAUCUUGACAGAUAUGUCCAGUCAUUCCGCCUCUUCCUGGAGAACUCCACUGAGCACCAGAGCAUGCAGGACUUUGUGGAGAGGCACCUGCCAGAUGUCAUAGCCAGUAUUGGAAAUGGGAAGUCUACAAUCAAUGUUCUAAGUGUUGGUGGUGGAGCAGGUAUGUAUGGACCUCAAUAUUGAUAUGUUUUUCCCUUUUUUUUUUCUUUUAAAGAGUAGAGGACUAAAAAGUGCAAAAGGAGCAGAAUGGGAAAUAAGUCUUACCUUGAUAAGUCAGCUCCAGGGGACAGGUGGUGUUAAUUGGUGUGUGACCACAUCA